CUGGCUGAGAAAAUUGACAUUGCGAUAAACAUGCCAAGAAUAUCAAAAAGACAAACCAACAGGUGUAACAUUCAAACAAACGAUCCAGAAAUAUUUUAUCGUGUAUCAGUAUUUAUUCCGUACAUAGACAAAUUCAUUAAUGAAUUGGAAGAAAGAUUUACAAAUCACCAAAGUACAUUGACAAGCUUCCAUUCCUUAUUCAAAGAAAGUGGUUUUGAAGAAGAUUUUAUAUCUCUUACAAAACAGUAUAUCGAAGAUCUAGAAGAUAUUGGAAAUUGUGAUGAGGUAUUCAAAAAUGAGUUCAAACUUUGGCAACGAAAACUUAAAUGUUUAUCAGAAACGGAUAAACCAAAAAAUGCAAUGGACGCUAUUUACAUAUGUAAUGAAGCCAUGUACCCAAAUAUUUUUAAGUUACUUAAAAUAUUAGCAACUUUACCAGUUUCUUCUGCCACUAAUGAAAGGACAUUCUCAACUCUCAAGAGAAUAAAAACUUACUUACGCAACUCUACUUCUGAGGGAAGACUUAAUGGUCUAGCUAUGCUAUCGAUCAAUAAAAAUGAUUCAAUUACUCCUGAUGAAGUGCUGGUUGAACUAUCCAAUAAAAAAAGGAGAUUAGAAUUUUUGUUAUAAAUAAUUAAUAAUAUAAUAUAUAUAUAUAAUUAUCUGUAUUUACUAUGUGCAUAUUAAAUAAUAUUUUACUGCCAUGAGUUAUGUAAACCUUUGUAUUUGUUUUGCUGUUUUGCCUAUUAAUAUUUAUACGUGUAAUGUAUUUGAUUGUUAAGAAAAUGGGUAUUUUUAAAGGGAAAGUUUUAGUGUUGGU